GUGACAAUGGUGUGUGGCAUUCUUAUUGCGUUUAUUUUAGUGACUAUUUUACUAAAAAUAGCUGAGCUUUAUCUAAGAAAACUUAGGUUGCGCAAUAUUUUACAAAAGCAUGUACUAAUUACUGGUUGCGACUCUGGAUUUGGAAACUCACUUGCAAAAUAUUUAGAUCAAAUUGGAGUUCCCGUUUUGGCUGCAUGUUUGACUGAAAGUGGGCAGAAAAAUCUAAAAGCUAGCUGUUCUUCGCGUUUAGUGACACUGAAUCUUGAUGUAACAGACGAGAAGUCAAUUGCUGAUGCUGUCCAGUUUGUACGGUCAAAACUAGAAAAAGGUCAAGAACUUUGGGGACUUGUAAACAAUGCAGGACUUCAAGUUAUCAGUGCGCCAUUAGAACUACAUUCAAAAUCUGCAAUCGAGAAAACAUUGCAGGUAAAUCUUCUUGGAGUAAUGUACGUUACCAAGGCAUUUUUACCUUUACUACGCCAAAGUAAAGGAAGAAUAGUUAGUGUUUCAAGUGACGCUGCCCUUAUAGCCUGGCCAUGUAGAGUGGCCUAUAACAUAAGCAAAUGUGGAGUGGAAUCAAUGUCAAGUUGUUUGAGAAAAGAGAUGUAUCAUGUUGGUGUGUCAGCUCACUGUGUUGAACCUGGUGCUUUCAAAACAAACAUUGUGUAUCCUGACGAAAUGGGGUCUAAACUACAACAGGCUUAUAAUGCUACAGACCCAGAAAUAAGAACAUUUUAUGGACCAAACUGGUUAGAAAAAUGGAAGCAAACAUACAAGAAUAUCCCACCUAUACAGAAUCCAGACUUGUCCCCUGUAACAGAUGCCAUCGAACAUGCACUUUUUGCCAAGUUUCCAAAAGCUCGUUACCGGUGUGGAAGAGAUUGUCAAUAUGAAUUUUGGCCAAUGUCGCUACUUCCAGACUGGUUUUCUGACUGGUACUACGCUAUGCCAGCUCCUGAUGGAGCUAAGUAAGAAAAGACAUAGAAUAUUUUAUCCAAUUAUUUCUGGCAUUAAUAUUUAUGUUUUAACAUUUGUUUUGACCAUGUUGCCUAUUGGAUGGUAAAUUUACAUUGAAUUGUAUGAUACAAAAUUAUUUUAGAUAUUUAAAUAUUAUAGAUUA